GGCAGUGAAUUCUAACCUAGAUCGUCACGUUUUCUUUUAAGUUUAACCUCUCAAGAAGUAAAACUCAUUACCGUAACAGAAAAGUUAGUAUCGUAUUUCAGAAACAUAACUUUGCAGUGUAAAGUUAAUUUAAAUCAAAUAUCUAAAUUAUUCAGUUUCAGUAUGUUCACAACCUUGGCUGAAUGGCAGUGGAAAAUAGCAUGACUCACCAUUACCAGACAUGCGUUCUUCUGAUGCUCGAGCAAAAGGAAAAAGAUUCGGAUCUAGCCUUAGCCUAAAACAUGGCGCCAGUUCCAACUAAAAAAACUUGGAAGGAGGUAAACAGCGAACGAAAAACAAUUAGAAAAAAAUGGAAAGAGAAAAAACUAUUGAAACAAUUAGGAAUGAAAAAGGAUGUGAAUAGCUUUGAGGAGGCUUUGGACAAGCCAGAAGAGAGUGAAAUCACGUGUGAAGCUACUUGUUCGAACGUGGCACCUGUUGACAAACCUGAAGAAGCACCAGCUCUCACUGAGCCGCCUACAGUGAGCAUAGCAGUACCAGGCUCUAUUAUGGAAAAUGCGCAGUCAGCUGAAUUGAGAACGUAUCUGGCCGGACAAAUUGCACGUGCGGCUUGCAUCUACAACGUCGAUGAAAUUAUCGUGUUUGAUGACAAAGGUGAAGGUAACGACAGCAAAGUGAAAAUCCUUGUGGACAAAAAGAAGAGCUGGUCCUGUCUGCAGCUGGCUAGAAUUCUGCAGUACUUAGAGUGUCCGCAGUAUCUGAGGAAGCACAUAUUCCCCCUGCACAAAGACCUGCAGUAUGCCGGACUGCUCAAUCCAUUGGAUGCCCCCCACCAUCUACGUCAGCAAGAUGAAUCUCCGUUCAGGGAAGGAGUGGUCAGUGACGUGCCUUUGCGUGCAGGCAAAGGCUCCUACGUGAAUGUUGGCCUACUGCGAGACGUGGUAGUUGACAAAGUACUCACGCCUUCUCUGCGUGUCACUGUCAAAUUCCUGCCUCAAAAAGAGGGCUCAAAAAAGUUGACGGGCCUAGUUGUGCCCCCCUCACAGCCCAAAUCCGAACUGAACCUGUACUGGGGCUACACGGUGAGGUUGGCCGAUAGUUUGAGCGACGUUUUGACCAACAGUCCCUACAAAGACGGCUAUGAUCUGACAAUCGGCACUUCCGAAAAAGGUACACAUGUUGAAGAUGUCGAUGUCGACUCUUUCAGUAGUUACAAACAUUGUUUGAUUGUUUUUGGUGGACUCCAUGGGUUAGAAGCGGCUCUAGAAGCUGAUGAAAAACUAACUGUUGAUGAUGUUAGUUUACUAUUUGACAAAUACAUUAAUACGUGCCCCAAACAAGGGUCUAGAGUGAUUAGAACGGAAGAGGCCAUCUUGAUAUCGUUGGCGGAACUAAGGCGAGUUCUCAAUAUUUGAUCAAAUAUAUCAAUGCAAUUUUUAAUAAAAUUUUAAAAUACCUUAAAUCUGUAUUUUACCUUCCCUUAUCAACCACCAAUUCCCAAAAAACGAUUUCAAAUUAUCAACUUUUUUAUAGUGAAGGUAAAAUUUAUUGUGGUAGAUACGCAUUUUAAAUAAGAACUGGUGAAUAAAAAAUAAAAAUGUAUUGUUAUGCAUGAUAUUUAUAAUUGAUUCUUGAGAAUAAUGUUAGUCAAAUUAGCUGUGCUAAUAGUGAAGUGGUGUGUUUUUUUCUGGCUCAAAAUUUUGCAAAAUUACUCAAAAAUUUCCAAUCUGUAGAGAUUUGAGUGAAAUAUUUUUGUUUUUAAUCAGUUUUUAAUUCAAAAUUUUUAGUUUAGUCUUUAGUUUUGAAGUGGAAAUUGGACUUUUUGAAGUGAAAGUGAAAUCUUAACCUUAUUCUUUUUUGAAACUUUUAUUUGUAAAAAUUUGGGAGAAGACAGUUUUGGGCUAUGCCUGUUGUCUUCUCCCAAUCAUAUUAUAUUUAUUAUAAUUAUGAUAUGUAAUGACAAUGGAAUAAAUAAAUAAAUUUCGGUUUGAUGCGUAGCAUCCAAGUACUAGACUCUUUGUGAUUGGUUGAUGGGCAACCAAACCGAAAUCAGCUCGUUCAUUCUUGAGAUUUGUUUAUAAAUACGGCCUUUAAUAUAGUCACAGUUUAUUUAUUGAAAAAUCGAAAUUCAAAUUACGUUUAUCACACACUAACGUUUUUUCGGAGAGAUUGAUAAUGGUUCAACGUGGAAAAUACUUCCUCGUUUUCCUAUUGAGAGAUUGUAAGUUAUUUAUAAAAUUUUUAGUUAUUUAUUAAAUUAAUUUCACAUUA